CCGCGGCCCCCGGGACCCGCCGCGGCGCCCUAGCCUCGUUUCUUCCCCCUCCCCCUUCGGGGGUGGGGGUGGGGCGGGGGAGAGGGGCUCCCAGAGAGCGCAUCUAUUGGCAGCUUUGUUAUUGAUCAGAAACUGCUCGCCGCCGACUUGGCUUCGGGGCUGGCUUCGCCCGACCCUGGAGUUUUCGCCUCUGUCCUGUCCCCCGAACUGACAGGUGCUCCCAGCAACUUGCUGGCGACUUCUCGCCUCUCCCCCGGCUCCCCCGCGUCCCCACCCCCUCUUUCCUCCCUCGCCUUCACCCCCACCCCCACCACUUCGGCACAGUUCAGGAUUUGUUUAAACCUUGGGAAACUGGUUCAGGUCCAGGUUUUGCUUUGAUCCUUUUCAAAAACUGGAGACACAGAAGAGGACUCUAGGAAAAAGUUUUGGAUGGGAUUAUGUGGAAACUACCCUGCGAUUCUCUGCUGCCAGAGCAGGCUCGGCGCUUCCACCCCAGUGCAGCCUUCCCCUGGCGGUGGUGAAAGAGACUCAGGAGUAGCUGCUUCCAAAGUGCCCGCCGUGAGUGAGUUCUCGCCCCAGUCAGCCAAAUGCUCCUCUUCGGGCUUCUCCUGCUGACAUCUGCCCUGGCCGGCCAGAGACACGGGACUCAGGCUGAGUCCAACCUGAGCAGUAAAUUCCAGUACUCCAGCAACAAGGAACAGAACGGAGUACAAGACCCCCAGCAUGAGAGAAUUGUUACUGUGUCUACUAAUGGAAGUAUUCACAGCCCGAGGUUUCCUCAUACUUAUCCAAGAAAUAUGGUCUUGGUAUGGAGAUUAGUAGCAGUAGAGGAAAAUGUAUGGAUACAACUUACAUUUGAUGACAGAUUUGGGCUUGAAGACCCAGAAGAUGACAUAUGCAAGUAUGAUUUUGUAGAAGUUGAAGACCCCAGUGAUGGAACUAUAUUAGGACGCUGGUGUGGUUCUGGUACUGUACCAGGAAAACAGAUUUCUAAAGGAAAUCAAAUCAGGAUAAGAUUUGUAUCUGAUGAAUAUUUUCCUUCAGAACCGGGGUUCUGCAUCCACUACAACAUUGUCAUGCCACAAUUCACAGAGGCUGUGAGCCCCUCAGUGUUACCCCCUUCAGCUUUGCCACUGGAUCUGCUUAAUAAUGCUGUCAGUGCCUUUAGUACCUUGGAAGAUCUUAUUCGGUAUCUUGAACCAGAUAGAUGGCAGUUGGACUUGGAAGAUCUAUACAGGCCAACUUGGCAACUUCUUGGCAAAGCUUUUGUUUUUGGAAGAAAAUCCAGAGUGGUGGAUCUGAACCUACUAAAAGAGGAGGUAAGACUAUACAGCUGCACACCUCGUAACUUCUCGGUGUCCAUAAGGGAAGAACUAAAGAAAACCGAUACCAUUUUCUGGCCAGGUUGUCUCCUGGUUAAACGCUGUGGUGGAAACUGUGCCUGUUGUCUCCACAACUGCAAUGAGUGUCAGUGUGUCCCAAGCAAAGUCACUAAAAAAUACCAUGAGGUCCUUCAGUUGAGACCAAAGAUUGGUGUCAGGGGAUUGCAUAAAUCUCUCACGGAUGUGGCCCUGGAGCACCACGAGGAGUGUGACUGUGUGUGCAGAGGACACACAGGAGGAUAACCAUAUCAGCACACGCAGCCUCUCCCCCAGCAGCACAGCUCAGUGGCUGAUCUGUUAGAGAACUUGGCACAUUAUCUCCAUCCAUAAUCUCAGUUGUUUGCUUCAGGGACCUUUCAUCUUCGGGAUUUACAGUGUGUUCUAAAAGAGGAGACACCACACGGAAUUAGAAGUUGUGCAACACCUCUUUUGAGAGGAGAGGCCCAAAUAACAGGAGAAGAGGUCUUUGGUCCUGGAAAAAAAAAAAAGAAAAGAAAAAAGAAAUGUUGUGCA